CGGGUUUUCGUCUUUACGUCAGUCAGCCGGUGAUACUGGAUUCGCGUGGUCGGCGUUCCGCGAAAGUUUGCGUAGUUACAGUUAAGAGCGCGGAGGCGCCUCUUGUUGUUUGGCGAGCAGUGAUUACGAUCAAAAUAGGAAAAUAGAUGUGUAUAGUAAGCGUCGGGCAACGCUGGCGUGGAAACGGGAGAUCGAGAUAAAAGGUGAUACGGCAGAAAUUAGAGCUCGAGUUGAAACGUAAUCGGUUUCACGUAAGUGUAUGGAUUUGAGCGUGAUCGCGAUACAUUAUCGCGUGUUUCGCGAUAUAUUGACAGUUCGGUGUCAGCGAUGAAACAAAGGGACCGAAAGCGGUAUCGUCGACGACGUUACGCGAGUCGCGAGCGCCAGGCUCUUUGUCGUUCGCACGACGAGGAAGAAAGCUUUCAACGAGUCGCGUGUUCUCACAACUGCCAGUUCAGAGGCCACGAACAAAUCUAAUUGGCUGAUACGAGCGUGUUGGUGCGGCAGUUUCUAGAAAACCGAAUGUACCAAGCGGUACAUAUACGGCUGACGAUGUUACACAGGCGGCGGAUUUCCGUGCGACGAUGUACUUACACACAGCGGAAAGUAUAGUGACGCGCGAAGACGUACACGCGGAACGAAUCGUCGUCGUUGGCGCGCAUCGUGUCCUACACAAUCUCUCUGUGUGUCCCUGCGUUCAGACGCUUGGAUUAUAAGGAAUGUCGACGAACGGUGCUAUUUCUGCCGCGUCUCUAUUCCGUAACAAUCAGGGACGUACUGAGCGAAGGCGUUUCUCUACAAUGUUCCUCUACGCUAAACCAUAUCUACGUAUCUCGCGUGAUUUAUCCCGGUUUAAUCGGGAGCAUAUCGUUUGACGCUCGAUGUUCGCGCUACUUUUAGAACGACCGUGCGCUAUUCUUCGCCAGUUAUUGUCUCUAAUUGAGCCAAUAUCGCGCUGCUCCGUUUUAAGACGUAUAAUGUCAGGCAUAUUUUCGGAAGAUCGGUUAUUGCUUCUUCCAGGCGUGAAUUACAAAUGACUGGGUUAAUGAAACAGGUAGCGGUUUGGUAACAUCGCGCGCGUUUCAUAGUUGAAUCGUUAAUGACAGCGUGGUACACGGCGUUCAGUAUGCCGAGUAUUCGAGCAACGGAAACGAGAGGUCCACGCGUAACAACGUAACAGUACCGGCGGCAUAGAAAAUAUGAUUUUCCGCAUAGCGUGGAAUUCGUUGCACUCGUAUCCGUUCCGUGGCACGCGUGCGCGCGCGCGCUCGUUUACCGACCGGGCCUGAUUCACGGACGCUUGGCAAUCGGAAUCGCGUCGUUCGUUGUAUACCGAUGACCAUCCAAGUGCAUUAAAGUUGGCCGCGCGAUAGCGUAACAGAAGCAGCAGGGGCAAUGAAUUUUUCAAGAGGCCAAACGAGGCAUAUGCUCGUCUCACGUGACAGCCCAUAUCGGUAGAAUCCCAGCGACCUGUGCUACAUAAUUUUCCGUGUACACGAUGCACGGACCGAUGUUGUGUCACGUUACGCUGUUCUCGCUCCACCCCGUGCGUUCUCGUACGCACGCACGCACGCACGCACGUACACACAUACACAAAUGUAGCGUGCGUGUAGCGUGCGUAUACAUUGGGCUUUUAUCGCGCACGCAUACACAGAAGCGGACCAGUACAGCGCCACCCCGAAUACCGGAUGUGACGACACUCGCGCACUUGGCCCGACGCACUCUUGAGAUGUCUCCCUUCCUCCCUCCGCCUCUCUGCUCUAUUUCUCUCUUUCUCUCCGUCUCUAUCCCUCGAUUUCUUCUUCCCUUGCCCGUCACCGCUGUUCCCCUCCCCCCUCCCCCUCCCGCUCCCUUCGUCGUGACCGUACACUGCUCGGUACGCGAGACUCCCUGCUCCCCCAGUACCCCCACCCCACCCGUUGCCUCCCCUCCUUAACAGGGCGCUAUUUACCCUCGCAGUUCCGGCGACGGCCGAGCGUGGCGCUGUUCGUUCUUGCGUCGCAUCUUGUUCGGUGUGUUGUGUCGACGAGCACGGCGUCGGACUCACGCUAGCGCGCACAGUCCCACGCGGAUCUUCGCGCGUGCCUGCUGCUGCGAGUGUCAUCGCGAAUCGCCGUGUUCAUCCGAUUUCGCGAUGUCUUUCUUCCGCCGCCAACCACGACGUCGACAACGGCAACAAGAUACCGAUGUCGCAGCUACGUUCCCGAUUUCACGCGUACGAUCAACGUACGACGCGCGGUCACGCAACGCCGUAAUCCUCGCAGAUGAUGCCACCACUGUCGCAGCGCGUGUGUCAACGAAUCUCGCCGUCAAGAGGAAAAGGAAAAAAGACGAGACCGGAGAGCACGACGAACGAAGAGAGAGAAAACAACAUACUCGCGGCCAUUUUAACUGCGCCGUACGCUAACCCGGGCCACCCAGUGUGUAGUAUACGAGAGCCAGAGAACCGCCGCCACCGCCGCCGCUCUCUCUCCUUAGGCUUAAACUGCGUCUCUCGCGUGUGCGCUUUGCUUCUGCGCACGCGAGUCGGUACAUGUUUUCUCACACAUACAUACACGGACGACAGCUUCGCGACGCUCGUGCGUUACGCGCACUUUCUCGUACACGAUCGAGUUGUUUGUCGCGUUCGGGACGUCUUUCGUCACGAUCCAGAGCCGAGUCGCAGAAAAUUGACAAUGACGGGGGACACGCACAGCCGGACGAUCGUCGAUACAGUGACACACCAGCGAGAGGCGACACGCGAACGGAACGUGUCCGCUCGACCGGUAUGUUUGCUCGUUUCACGACCACGAGAGAAGCGCGCCAAUCGACGAAUCGGUGAGAAUCGACGGUAUUUUGUAUGGUCGUAUUGUAUCUCGCACGGACGUAUUGCGCGCAAUGAACAUGGAACGAGCGCGAUAUCGCGGAAUCCCCCGUGGGAAUAAACGCGAGGACGAUAACAAAGGAAUGAUCAAUCGCAGUAUACGAGGAAAUUUGUUCAGCCGGUAACAACGGAUUUGACAGCGACCGGGGUUACCCUAUGAUAACCCGUGCGGAAGAAUCGGGACGCGAUGGAAUAAUUGGAAGUGCGCGAAGCCAUCGAGGAAAGGAAUACGUGUCGAGGUGAAGGAUCGUCGUAAACAGACCGAUCGAGAGAUGACGAGAGACCGAGCGAAAGUACGGCCAGCAUUCGUUACGGCGUGGCGGCCUCGUGAAUUCCUGCCGCGGGACGACAACAAUACAAAGGAGGAAAAGAACCAAAAACACAGAGAAUCGGGAGGUUGCUGGUGGAAGUAUUUCGCACUGCCGCUAACAAUGGAACGAAACUUAACGUGAACGAAGUGAUGCAGGUGGUGAGGCAGAUCGCCGACGAUACUGACGCGCAAGUCGGGCUGGACCUGAUGGAGCACAUACCGCACGUGGUGACGAUCUGCCACGAGACUCCGCACCUAUUCGACAAUAUUUUCCACAAUCAUCUCCUCGACAUCAUUAUCAGAUACUUACAAGAUCAAGACAACCAGGUACGAAUGAUGGCCCAGACAGCGGUGUUAACGCUAACGAAGAAGGGACUCAUCGAUAACACCACGAUAGAGGGCAAGCUGUGUCCCGUUAUAGAAACCCUCUGUACGUCCGUCGAUUUCCUUAACUCUGGCAUCUCCCUCAUGUGCAAGAUGGCACCGCUCAUUGGCAAAGAGCUGACAGAAAAGAUUUUUCUGGACAGAUACAUCACCCUCUGCGAAGACAAGGAAUUCUAUACAAGGAAAUUCUGCGCGUCGCACCUUGGUGAACUUUGCGCCGCUGUCGGCAGGAAGACACUUUUUCGGAAAUUGUUCCCAAUAUUCGUCGACCUGUGCAGCGAUAAAGUGUGGGGUGUCAGGAAAGCGUGCGUGGACGUUAUGAUGCCAGUCUCAUGCUGCAUGACCCUUCAGCAUCGUCGACUACUAUUGGCAGAGCUUCUGGCCACGCAUCUUAACGAUGAGUCAAAAUGGGUGCGAAUGUCUGCCUUUCAAAUUUUAGGACCAUUCAUAUCCACGUUCGCGAAACAGUUUACCGAAGUAACUUAUAAUCAACACGGCGAGCUAGUGUUUACCAGCCAACAAGAUAAUCGUUUCAGUAUAAGGUACUCGUACGAGGGGAUAUUUCCUACUAAGUGCGCGAUACGAAGUCACACGCUCGACAUGGAGGACCAUAAUUCUAAGGAUAACUUCAAUUCGUCUGUGAUAAUACAAAAACCAAUUUUCGAGGACGACGAGGACGAGUCGCAGGAGGAUGAUAUCUCCACAAUGAGAGCUUAUAAGUCGAAGAUACAAAGGAAACAUUUAAAGAACGACCAAACGCUGGACGACACGGAAAACUUUAAUUCGUUUCUAUAUUACUACAUAGAGCCCGACCUUCCACUGGACGACGAGCUCGUCGAAGCUGCCAAAAGAUCCGCAGCGCAGAACAAUGUAGAGCGGAAGCCGUUGAUCAGCACUACAGCGUCCAGUAAAGCGUCGUCGUUAGACGCUGCGUUAAAAGAAGACAAAUACGCAGCAGACGAUAUUAAGAAUUUCAACGAUCAAGAGAUCGUUCCUCAGCAUCUGAUCGAUUCGUUCUUGUCGAUGGCUGAGCCGGAACAAUGUUCCGGAGACAUGAGCCCCGGAGAUAUUCCUCAUCAUUGCGCAUUUAGUUUCCCCGCUGUUGUACUCACGUUAGGAAAAGAAAAUUGGCCAUACCUGAAGCAAGCUUAUCAGUCUUUGGCAAGCGCUAAUCAAUGGAAAGUGAGGCGCACGUUAGCCUCCAGUAUUCACGAAAUCGCCAUAAUUCUAGGGGAAGAGCUCACUAUCGCUGAUCUCGUACCGAUCUAUGAUGGAUUUAUCAAAGAUCUGGAUGAGGUCAGAGUAGGUAUACUCAAGCAUUUAGCGACGUUUUUGAAAAUACUCAAGCCUACCGUUCGGCUCCAGUAUUUACCAAGACUGAAGGAAUUCCUCACCACCGAUAACGAGUGGAACUGGAGAUUUCGAGAGGAACUAGCCACUCAGUUGUUGGACAUUGUGAAUCUGUUUGAUCCAACAGACGUUGACCGGUUUAUCGUGCCCCUGGCCCUUGAUCUACUACGCGACAAAUACGCUGCUGUGAGAUACGUUGCUCUUUCUUUGAUGACACAAAUAGUAGCACACCUUUCUGACAACAGACGCCUUGUAAAAGCGCUAUUUCGAAAGCUCAAGUCUCUCGUUUACGCAAGAAAAUGGGUCAGAAGGCAGACGUUUGCCUUCGUGUGCGCCAACCUGAUUUCGAAAAACGCCAUUAGCGGGGAUAGAUUUUCUCAAGAAAUGUUACCUACUUUGUUAGAAAUAUCUUCCGACAAAGUACCAAACGUGAGACUAGUUGUGGCGAGGACUUUGUCGAAGAACGUUAUUCCUAUGGGAUCAGAAUGGCUGGGAGUGAAGCAGGCGGAAGAAGUAGAGAAUAGGCUGAGAGAAAUGAGAUCAGAUCCGGAUAGGGACGUUCGAGUCUUAGCCGGCGGCGAGGAGAACGCCGCGUUAGAUAUACUGUCGCAAACGAAAACUGAACAGUCGAGAAACAUAAUGUUUUAACGAACUCAGAUUUCGUGAGAAUCGACUUCUAAUUAUUUCCUGCCAUACGAAUCAAUUUUAUAUCGGACUGCCAAGAAAGGAAAUGGAACAAAAGAAAUUUCGUACGAAUGUUCUUCCAUACGUGAAUUAUCUUUGUAAAUGUAAGAAGAAAAUUAAUUGGAUGGAAGAGAUAAGAAUUUCGUUAUACCGAUAGAGAAUACGAGAUGCAAGGGUUUCUUUAAAGAAUAAGUUGGUGUAUCUAUGAUGUAAAAAUGAGCUCAAGUUUUAAACAAAGAAACAAGACAUGUACCGUUUAGUGCAGUCAACAUUGAAGAAAAGUGCAACUUAGCGUUGUCGUUACGACCAAGGGACCGACAAUUUCCGCGCCCCUUUAGACUAAGACAGAUUAUAAGUAUCAAUGGUCAAAAGACAUUAUGCAGUUAUAUGAGUGUGUGUGCAUGUUUGAAAACGUACUCUGCCGCUGAGUACUAGGACACUUGUUUAAUUGUAAUGAAUAUCUGUAAAAAGUUAUGAAAUCAUUACUGAAUUUUACUAAAUUUUAUGUAUUCCAUUUUGUACCGUAUUAGAGAAUAUAUUUUAACAAAAAUUUAUUAAAUUUUUCACCAAUCAUAAUAAAAAUAUGAUUAUGUUAUCUUUCCAUCUAUCCAUCGAGUGCUUUCGUAACUGCAUCUACAAGUCUUAGUAACAUGGCUACUAAUAUUUUUUUAUUGUUUCAGGCCUAAUGUUAUUCCAUUUCAUUUCGAAAUGUUCCCAUAAAUAUUCUUCCAAUUUGGGAUAUUUUAUUCGGAUUUUAUCUGAAUGAUCUCAUAAUUUUUCUAUGGGUUUCAAAUCAGGAGAUUGGUGGCCAUUCUAUUAUUUACACAUUAGAACUUUCCUGUAAGUGAUUUUCACAUAUUUUUAAAAAAAUGUAUACGAUCCUUAACGUGCACAAAUAUUCGGUAUCCGAAAGGCGCUAAUGUGCAGGAUCUUUUUUAAGAUAUAAUUUGUUUUUAACGAACCUCCUGUUGUUUCUCCUAUACGUACAAUCUCGCCAUUUGAAUUCAACCAUUUCAAUCGUAGACUCGUCAGAAUCAAUCUUGCAGUGUCAACUUUUCUGGUACUUAGUUUAUGCCAGUAGCGACAGACAUCUCUUCUUUACCAUUAAUGUUAGAAACACCAUCUCUGCAACUAUAACGGUUUAUCGCUACUGAGUUGUUUCCCUAUCUGAAAAUGAAUACAAGUAGUUUAAGGUGCAUAUUUCAUCGCAGCGGUCACGACAGACACAAUGCUGUUAAUUUCACCUGUAGUUCAUUCUUAUCAAGGUCUAUAUUCGUGAAAAAAUUACUGUCACUACCAUAAAUGAGCGGGUUACGUUUUAUCCUUAAUAAUAACUUUUUCACUGCCAAAAUCGCAAAUGGCGACUUCUACAAGUCGCCUUUCUUAUUAUCGCCAUUGAAAUUGUUUCAUUCUUAAUUGUAUUUAUUUCCUCAAUCGUUUCGGAGGCUGUUACUUUUAUUUCUCUUAAGCUUUCAAUAAAGAUUUGUAUAUAUGUUUUCUGGACCUCCCAGGUCUUUUUACGGACGAAUAAUUGUGUCCUACGCUGUUACCCGAAAUUUUAUCACGUUGGAUAAUGAUUCUAAAUAUUUGUAUAAUAUCUGAAGAAUUUCACUAUAAAUAAAAGAAGAAAGUUUUAGAAACCGUCCACACGUAACAUAAUACAGCGUAGGCACACCGCAUGUACUAAGUUCCUUAAAUAAUUAAAUUUUUUAAUUUUUAAUAUUCUUAUAUAAAUAAUACUCUACCACAGGUUCAUUAAAAAUGAACAAAUGUCCUAAUACAUUCGCGCGGCAAUGUAUGCGUGAUUUAGUACUCGCGUGUAUGUAUGCGAUUACCAUUGUGAUCAAUUUAUAUUUGUAAGCGGUCUCUUGGACAAGCCGAAUAUUAAUUAUUAAAGAUAUCGAAUAAAGGCGGGAUCUCUUGUUCUUUAGUAAACAGUCAUAGCACGUUUUCUUCAACCUCGCAAUCAUUGUUAUCGCCUUUUCUCCAAUAUUAAUUUUCGCUUAUCGAACUAAAAAUUAUUCCGAAAUAAUUCCUGCGAUCAGAGGAAUUUACUUUGUAAUUUUAUACCGAUUGGAUGACUCAAGUUUUCGUGCUAUGAUUCAUAAACUCUAUUCAUUAAUAAAUACUCUUGCGUUGAAGAAGUGUAAUGUGAGAACUUCGUGACUGUCAAGAAUAAGAAGGAGAAGAAAAGAGAAGAAAUUUAUAUUGGAUCCUCUGAUCAUCAUCGCGAAGUGGUAAAUCGUAUUGGAGCUCAUUCGAUUCAAAUUGCUUGUAUUUUGUAUAUAUCAUUUAAUCGUUUCGUGGAGGUACGGUGUGUAAGGAAAUAUGGAACGAGGUGUGCAAUGGAUCGUUUGUGAAGAAGCUAUUUGUGGUGAGGUUAUGUGGAAUAUUCUGCGCUCUAUAUUCGCAAUCAAAGAUAGCUCUACGAUCCUACAACAAAAUUAUUCUGAACAACAAUCUGCAAAUUUUAGUCUAUAAGACCGCGAUAUGCGCCUCUUGACACGGUGGUGCCUGAUUAGACGUGAAAAACUGUGCUUACGACCGUCCCGUGUUGCGUCGAUUUCACGACUUCAUAACUUACCGAUUUGGUGCAACCGGGGUGUGACAGUUACUGUGAUCUUUGCCUACGCGUGAUCACGUAGGUGAAUGUAUAUCAUUUCAUUGUAGAUACGUAAAUAUUGUAAACACAGAUUUUUGUUAACCCGUUCCACCUCUCCGACAUAUAGUAAGGAUUUUUGUUAACCCGUUCCUUUUCUCCGACUUAAAUUAAGGGAUUACGAUUUACACGAGAAAUGUUUCGAGAGCCUUACAUUUAGAAACUUUUUAGCGAUUUGUAUAUUAAAUACCACGAAAAGGAAAUCAUGUUUAUACGAUUUACACGAUAAUAUUAGGUUAUAAGCAACAAAAUAUGAACGAGGAGAUAUGAGUGGCUGUUGAAUAAAGGAUAUGUACAAUAGGAGGUUUAACGAGUGUAAAAAAGAAAAUACAUAUGGACCGUAGACAAAGGAAUACAAUGUGAUCCGAUGAAUUAUGUGAUUGUACAUUUACGAAACAACUGUUAUGGAAUGGUACCACAAGAUAUUUGUGAGUAACCCCAAUAUUUUAUCCACGGUCGCUAAUAUUUUGUGAUGUUUUAAAUUAAAGAAAAAAGCAAGAGUGAAAUAUUGCGUCAUAGUUGACUCUUUGUGAAAACGUAAUGAUUGAGAUAUAGUAAAAAGAAAAACGAACUUCGCUUAAGCAACGAAAACUCGUUACUUGUGAAUACGUACGAAGAAAAGAAGUUUUGUUUAAGAUAUUCUAUAUAAUAUAUUGUGUAUUUGGUAAUGAAACGGAAAAAAUAUACACCAUGUGAUUUGUUACACAA